AUGCACCUGGAAACCGACCAGGCCUGCUACUCCGAAUACAACGGGUUCCAGCACGAGAUCUACGCGCUGGGUCUCUCGGAAGAUCAGAAAAAGGUACACGAGAGCCAGUACGAGGAGUUCGAGAUGCUGCACAAUAUGUUGGUCGUCGAGCUCAACAAUUUGUUGGACGAAGUGUCCAAACCCGUAGCGAAUGCUGCCCUGGUUCCGGUUGCUGCCGCGAACGCCGCUUUGCAAAACUACCUCCCGCCGUUGAGUGUGCCACUCCCGAAGUUUGACGGUACCUAUGAGACGUGGUACUCGUUAAAGUCCAUGUUCCAAAACAUCAUGGCGCGAUACACCAACGAGGCACCGGCGAUCAAGCUGUACCAUCUCCGGGACGCGCUGAUCGGCAAGGCAGCUGGCGUCAUCGAUCAGGAAAUGAUUAACAAUAAUGAUUAUGGCGCGGCGUGGGCUGUCUUGGAGGAGCUGUACGAGGACAAACGUGCGAUCAUCGAUCGGCACAUUGACAACAUCUUCGCGCUGCCGAAGAUCACCCGUGACAACGCCGCAGAGCUCCGGAAGGUCAUUGACAUCUGCGUGAAGAACACUGAAGCCCUGAAGAAACUGAACCUCCCGGUCGACGGACUGGGGGAGCAGAUGGUCGUGAACCUGCUGGCCUCCAGAAUGGACAAGGAAACGCGCAGAGCAUGGGAAGCAACCCAGAAGGCGGGUGUGUUGCCGACGUACGAGGCCACGAUCACGUUCCUGAAGGAGAAGCGCAGACUCACGGAUAAGCUGGAGCAGAACAGUGAAAGUGAUAAAGUGAAACCGCAACGUUCGGUAACGAAAACGAAAACGCUGGUGGUGGCCAGCGAAGCAAAGUGUUCAGUGUGUAACCAGGAUCACGAAUUGAUUAAGUGUGAGCAGUUCAAGCUGAAAAGUGUGAACGAGAGGUACAGCCACUUGCGGAAGCAUGGCCUGUGCUUUAAUUGUCUGAGGAAGGGGCACCGCACCGAUGGGUGCACGUCGACGAACUCGUGCCAGAAGUGCAGCAAGCGGCACCAUACCCUGCUUCACACCGACGGGCCAAAGAAGCAGGAACCGGCUGCCAACACGGCGUCAACAGUUGCCCAGAAUCCCAGCGCAGAAGGCCGCACUCAAUCCGUUCCACCAGCCACGGCGGGAUCGUCCCAGUCUGGCGAAGUGCUGGUUUACGGCGCUGGCAGCGUACCCUACCUGUGUAGGGCGCUGAUUGACUCGUGUUCACAGAACCAUUUCGUGACCGAGCGCUUCGCUAACCUGUUGGCGAGCAAAAAGGAACGGGCUGAUUACCAGGUCAGCGGAUUGAACGGGGGAACGACCAGAAUCAGUCACCUGGUGCGCGCGAAGGUCAAGUCCAGCGUUGGCAACUUUGCUGCCGACCUCGAGCUCCUGGUGGCCCCGAAGAUCACUGGCGACGUGCCGGUGAAGACGAUCGACAUCGCUGGGUGGAACUUGCCACCAGAGGUUGAACUUGCGGAUCCUAACUUCAACCAGCGUGGCCGAGUCGACAUGCUGCUCGGAGCUGGCAUAUUUUGGGAUCUCAUGAAGGCGAAGAGAAUCACGCUGGCGGCAAACCUUCCAUCGCUCAGAGACACGGAACUGGGCUGGGUGGUCGGUGGUGUGAUGUCAGAAUGUACACCAGUGAUCGCUCGUACGUUUUGCACCGUGCACGAGGACGAAGAGCUGAACAAGCUGCUGAACCGGUUUUGGGAGAUCGAAGGAGUCGAAGAUCUGCGGCGACCGGUGACGUCGACGGCUGAAGAAAGUCUCGAGCACUUCCGGAGCACGUACAGUCGGAAGCCAGACGGGAGGAUUGUUGUUCGUCUUUAG